CGAGUGCAUCGGAAAGCCUCUUUACACUUCUCACACCCGUCCUGUCGCCAUGUCGAGCACGUCGGCCAAGCGCGCCCAUCCCAAGUACAGCGAGAUGGUCGCCGCCGCCCUCAGGGCCCUCAAGGAGCGCAACGGCUCCUCCCGCCAAGCCAUCCUCAGGUUCAUCGUCGCUUCCUUCCAGGUCGGGGACGAGAGGACCGCCGGCGUGCACCUGAAGCAGGCGCUGAGGAGGGGCGUCGCCAGCGGAUCUUUACAGCAGACAAAGGGCGCCGGCGCCUCCGGCUCCUUCAAGCUCUCCAAGGAGGAGCUGAAGAAGGCUGCGCCCAGGAAGGACUCGGCUAAGAAGAAGGUGACGAAGAACGAGAAGACUCGGGGGAAGGUGACGGCAAAGAAACCCAGCGCUAAGACUGCAACAAAGAAACCCGGUAUUACUACUACAACAAAGAAAGCCACUACUAAGAUUGCAACAAAGAAACCCAGCUCUAAGACUGCAAUAAAGGAAUCCACUACUAAGAAUCUCGGCGCAAAGAGCACACCAAAGAACGGUACAACAAAGAAAGCGACAGCAAACAAACAGACUGUCAAGAAAACAGCAACAAAGAAACAAACCACAAAGAAUGGGAGCAGCUAACGAUCAUCCUGCAAGUUUUUAAGUUAUAUUAUUGACAACUGUUGAUUUAUAUUGCAGUUAUUUUUAAAGAGGAUUGUUUAUGUAAAUGACCAUUUGCAUAUAUCAUUAAAAGCCCUUCAUACUUGCAAUUUUUUUACUCUUAAUGAGAAAUUAGAUAUUAUCUAUGAAUGUCUACAUGGAU